AUGGACUCCCCCAUGGACCCCGGCUCGCCCGAGUCAUCCAUCUCCUCGCGGGGCACCCCGCCCCCCGACGAGCAGAUGUCCGUCACCCCGCAGCCGUUCUCGCCUAGCACGUCCGGCAUGUCUUCCUUCCUCUCCUCGAAACGGCGCAUGCAAGGCGGGCCCUGUGCCGGCGCGGCCAAGGCGCGCAGGACGGACGGGAGGCGGGGCGCGCAGUGGGUAGAGGGACCGGGUGCCGGCGCGGGGAAGGCGGCGAGGAAGGACGAGGAUUUGGUGGAUGUGGCGUUUAUGGAGGAGUUGCGGGAACAACUGGGAGACCCGUUCGACGAAAGGGCGCUGAAAGCGGAUAACUGAAGAUCGCGUGUAUUUUGUUUGUUUGGGCGAGGUUUGUAAGAUGAUGCUGGUUUCAACGAAUUGCGAGCGUUAUUUUGGGACCGCGUCUCUUGUCUCGUGAACGCCCUGUGAUCCACCGUCCAGACUGUCUGUCGCUGCAUUCUCCCGCUCUCUUGCUCUCUUUCGGGACACUCUGGCCUCUGCGCAACUGACUUGCAGGCAAGGAAUAACAUCGGGCAUCCCGCGGACUCCUGAUGCGCGGCGCAAUUGUGUACUACUCUGGAACGUACCUCGGUG